AUGGGAUCCAUCACGCAGGAAAACGAUGCCCCAAAGCAUGUGAAGCGUGGUCAUGCUUCCCUGCAGCCAAUAUACACACCGCAGAGAAAGCUUUCAGUUAUAGUCAUAGGCGCAGGAGCAUCUGGCCUCCUCUUGGCCUAUAAGAUCCAGCGCAACUUUGACGACUUUACGCUCGAGGUCUUUGAAAAGAAUCCAGAUAUGACGGGCACUUGGUACGAGAAUCGAUAUCCAGGGUGUUCCUGCGACGUCCCAGCCCACAACUACACCUGGAGCUUCGAGCCCAAGCCCGACUGGAGCGCCAACUACGCCGGGUCCAAGGAGAUUUACGACUAUUUCAAAAACUUUGCCGUCAAAAACGACCUGGAAAAGUUCGUCCGGCUCCGCCACAAAGUGAUCGGCGCCAGGUGGGACGACGGCGAAGCCAUCUGGCGGGUCGAAGUCGAAGACCUCACCACAGGUAGCGUGCUCAACAAGACCUGCCACGUCCUCCUCAACGCGGGCGGGGUCCUCAACGACUGGAAGUGGCCCGACAUUCCUGGCCUCAAGUCCUUCAGCGGCGACCUGGUCCACUCUGCCGACUGGCCCGAGCAGGGGCUCGACCUGGCCGGCAAGCGAGUAGGAUUGAUUGGCAACGGCUCGUCGGGGAUCCAGAUCCUCCCCGCCAUCAAGGACAAGGUAGGCAGCCUCGUUAGUUUUAUCCGCAGCGCGACCUGGAUCACGCCCGUCUUUGGCCAAGGGACGAGGCAGGGCGGCGAGUACCACGAGUACAGCGAUGAGGAGAAGCAGGCGUUUGCGCGAGACCCCGAAGCGCACCUCAGGUUCCGCAGGGAGUUUGAGGUCAGCAGCAACAAGCUCUACCCCGUGUUCCACGUCAACUCGGCCGAGCAGGAUGGACUGCGGCAGAUGGUGGAGCAGAAGAUGCGCGACAGCAUCCGCGACCCAGAGCUCGAAAAGGUCUUGGUCCCGAACUGGGCCGUUGGGUGCCGCAGGUUGACGCCGGGCACUGGCUACAUCAAUGCGCUGUCCGACGAAAAAGUGCAGACGGUUUGUGCACAGGUCACACAGGUGACGCCGACUGGUGUGGUCUGCGAGGACGGCAAGAGGGAAUACCCCGUCGACGUGCUGAUCUGUGCUACGGGGUUCGACACAACCUACAAGCCUAGAUUUCCUCUGAGGGGUACCUCGGGCGCGGAUCUGGCUCGCAUGUGGAAAGAUGAACCUCGGGCGUAUUUUGGCGUUGCAGUCGACCACUUCCCCAACUACCUCAUGACUCUCGGCCCGAAUAGUCCAUUAGGAAACGGACCGGUCCUCAUCAACAUCGAGGCCCAGGCGGACUACAUGGUCAAGCUGAUGGGCAAGUUCCAAAAGGAGAACCUCCGGUCAUUCCGGGUGCGGUCGGACGCAGUGCGAGAGUUUAACGAGUGGAAGGACGAGUACAUGAAGGAGACUAUCUGGGCCGACUCGUGCCGUUCCUGGUACAAGGGCAACACUACCACUGGCAAGGUGGUGGGUCUGUGGCCCGGGUCGACGCUGCACUACCUCGAGGCGAUCAAGGAGCCUCGGUGGGAGGACUGGAUCAUGGAGCGCGAGGCCGGGACGAACCGGUUCGGGUACCUGGGCGACGGCCACAGCACCGUCGAGGCGCAGGGUCUCGACUACGCUUACUACCUGCGAAACCACGACGACUCGCCGGUGGAUCCGGUGCUGAAGAAGCGUAGGAAGAACCACCAGCCCGACGGAGCUGCCGUUGAGGAGUCGGGCCGAGUGGCCAAGUCAGGGUUUCUGUCCGACGGUGGUGCCGAGAAUGGCGUCAACGGGGGUGCCGGUGGUGUGGCUGUGGCUGUAGCUUGA